AUGGGAAAUUAUCAAAAUUACGAAAAUCCGAAAGCGCCAGGUACUCCUGGAACUCCUGGAGCAAGAAAUGUUCAUAUCCUCAAUAUGACUGGAUCUCGCCCCCAGUCGCCAAUUCACGCCAAAAAGAUGCAAACAAUCAACAGACCUUCAAGUGCACAAAUAACCCAACCAUCAAAGCCUCCACCCCUCAAACCUUCCAUCACUCCUUCAGUCCGACCGGCCAGUGCACAUAUUCCAAAGCCAACUGCACCAAGUUCGCCCGUUACAAAGACCGUUUCUAGACCUGUUCCAAAGACGGUGACAUCUCCUCUCGUCAAAGAGGUUUCAAUGGCUCCAAAGUGGCCACAACAAACUCCAGAACGACAAUUUUCCUUCUCAGUAUCCACAAGGUCGCCCUCUGAGAGUAGUUUUGGCAAUCAACCUUUAUCACCGCCCGUUAACUCCCCGCCAAGUCAAAAGGCCGACAAUCUUAGCACGUGGCUAGGCCGUGGUAAGCAGCAAGGUGCAUCGAACGGAAAUAGCAGCCCCUCUCAGAUGGCUGGCAUGUCACAAGUUUACCACAAUCCCACCCCGGAGCCGUCUGACAGUAAAGUCGUCAUCUGCUUCCAGUGCAAACAAAUUAUUGAUGGAAAAUUUUUCACAGCGAUGGGGCAACACUGGCAUCCAGAAUGCUUCAAAUGCUCCAUCCAAGGAUGCUCUAUGCGAUUAGAUCUACACGGAUACAUAGAAGAAAAUGGCAGUCCCUACUGUCGAAAAUGCUAUGAAGACGAAAUGGCAUAUUCUUGCUCGAAAUGCGGUCUGAAAAUAAUUGGGGACAUAAUGCAUGCUCUGAAUCAGACUUGGCACCUCAAAUGUUUUUGCUGCUGCGUUUGUGGAGUGCCUUUCAACGAUGGAGUCUUUCAUUUUGUUGGAGAAAGACCUUACUGUCAAAACGACGCGCCAGGUGGGCCCUUCGUCAAAGAUGGUGCCAAUGACUCUGAUUCCUUCGAUGACAGUUGCUCACUUCUCACGUCAGACUCGUAUAACUUAGAUGGCAUUCAAUCUGUCGCUGGAGAUCGACCAGUGUCAAUGAUGUCAUAUCAAAGCUCCAUCAUGCCGAGAUAUCAAAUGGACCCUGCUCAGUUGGGAAGUUUGAACAGGCUGUAUGCGGAUCGAAGAAAACCUACCAAAGACGAAGAUCUAAGAAUGCAGACCAUCAAAAACCGCUGGGCGAAAAUUAACGCGAUAUCACGUGAUUACGAAAAGACGCCAUCUCUUUCCAAGCGCUACAUGAAUACAAAAUAG